GAACAUGCUGGAGAAAGAAGUUUUUUGUACGGUAAAAGCAUAAAUAACCAAAGAAUUGAGAGUUUAUGGGGAAUGAUACGACGACAGGGAAUUCAGUUCUGGAUGAAUUUUUUUCAAGAGCUUACUGAAAGUGGUUUCCAUGACGGAGAAUAUUUAGACCAAGAAAUAUCUCGCUUUUGUUUUCUACAACUAGUACAGGACACUUUAGACGACAUAAGUUCUAUCUGGAACCGUCACAGGAUUAGGCAAUACAGACAAGGAAUAAGCAGAUGUGGUAGACCAUUUCUUCUACAUCAUAUGCCGAGCGCAUUUGAUACCGUGGAUUAUGGUAUUGAAAUAAACGAAAAUGAAGUAAAUAUUUGUGAAAGUGAAUUACAGCCAAUGCCAGAAAUGCCAUGCUCUACAUUAAUUAAAGAUUUGUGUGUGUGUAUAAUGGAAGAAAACAAUUUUGCAUUGCCCCAAGACCCAGAAAGCAUGCAAAAUUUGUUUAUUUUUCUCAGAGAGGAUAUCAGAAGCAAUUUAUGA